AUGCGGAUUGCCCGAUCUCUUCAUCCGCCUUACUGGCAUCAUACACAAACCAUAACAUUCUGUACAAGGCAGAGACCUCCACAUCGAAACCCCAGCGGAAACCCGAGAGCCAAACGACCGUGGGAACCAGCGUUAUGUCUCACGCCGGUAACAUACUGCAUUGGCGAUUUCUCGGCGCAGAUGAUCGGAGAUGACGAUUUCGACUCCCGCCGCUCCCUACGAAGUAUCGUCAUCGGCCUCGUCAUCGCUAUUCCCAGCCGCGAAUGGUUUCUGUUUCUAGGACGACGGUUCAACUACGCUCAUUCUCCAACUAUAUCCCUCUGCGCGAAAGUGGCUGUCAAUCAGCUAUUUUAUACUCCGUUGUUCAAUGUGUAUUUCUUUGCCUUCCAUGGGCUUCUCUCCGGAGAGGGACUCAAGGGUGCCGUUGAACGCGUGAAGAACACUGUCCCUACAAGUAUACCCAGGAGCUUUCUCUACUGGCCUUUGGUCACGGCGUUCAACUUUACCUAUGUACAGCCUCAGUCUCGCUCGGUUGCUAUAUCCGGCUUUGCUGUUUUCUGGCAAUCGUACCUGAGUUAG